AUGAUAAAGAUUGGAGAGGAACAUAUUUUUUUUCAUGAAGACUCAUCAGACAUUGUUGCACAUGUUGAAAAUGAUAUUCAUGAUUGUUUUAUUUCAUAUGUAUCAGAAGAUAUUGAUGUAUAUUUAUCAAGACUUUACGAGAUGAGUAAAGCAGCUGAUCAAAUUCUUCAUGAUCGAUAUUCUCAAAUAUCAACUAUGGAACAAACAAAUAUUAAUAAAUUAACUCGAGAACGACAAAAAUAUUAUUGA